UGCGGUAGGUGAGGAGGGCGGAGCUCUGAGCCGGAGGUUUUGUUGUGAGGGUCGGUUGUCAAGCAGCGGCCAAUCAGGGCGGGGGAUGGAGGCAAGUGGGGGUCGCGUCUGGAGCGGAGCCUUGGCCUCGGGAGCCUCAGCUGCAGCCCAGUGUUGAACUGACAUGGCUCGAGCCUGACCUUCCAUUAGCUGCGAUCCUGACGGGCACACACAGGCUGUUGCUGUGGCUGCUGUGAAUGAUCUAAAACCACGAGGCAGUCCGGGACUGAGAGACGAGGCAUUCCCUCUGCCUGGAUGUGUGGAAACUCCCUGCCAACUUGAUUGGUGGAUCUGGGGGGGGAUCCACCCCCACCCCGUGAACAAAGUACAGUCCAUCUAGUGGGUGGAGCUUCAGGUGCCAGCCAACUGAAGGAUGGCCACCCCUGUGGUCACCAAGACGGCCUGGAAGUUACAGGAGAUUGUCGCCCACGCCAGUAAUGUGUCCUCGCUGGUGCUGGGCAAGGCCUCUGGGCGACUGCUGGCUACUGGUGGGGAUGACUGCCGUGUCAACCUGUGGUCCAUCAACAAACCCAACUGCAUCAUGAGCCUGACGGGUCACACGUCCCCAGUGGAGAGCGUCCGCCUCAACACCCCGGAGGAGCUCAUCGUGGCCGGCUCCCAGUCAGGCUCCAUCCGCGUUUGGGACCUAGAAGCUGCCAAAAUUCUUCGCACGCUUAUGGGCCACAAAGCCAACAUCUGCAGCCUGGACUUCCACCCGUAUGGCGAGUUCGUAGCCUCGGGCUCCCAGGACACGAACAUCAAGCUCUGGGACAUCCGGAGGAAAGGCUGUGUUUUCCGGUACAGGGGACACACCCAGGCCGUGAGGUGCCUCCGGUUCAGCCCUGACGGGAAGUGGCUGGCAUCGGCUGCGGAUGACCACACAGUGAAGCUCUGGGAUCUGACUGCUGGCAAGAUGAUGUCCGAGUUCCCUGGCCACACAGGGCCUGUCAACGUGGUGGAGUUUCACCCCAACGAGUACCUGCUGGCUUCUGGCAGCUCGGACAGGACCAUCCGGUUCUGGGAUCUGGAGAAGUUCCAGGUGGUGAGCUGCAUCGAAGGAGAGCCAGGGCCUGUCAGGAGUGUCCUGUUCAACCCCGACGGCUGCUGCCUGUACAGCGGCUGCCAGGACUCGCUGCGCGUCUACGGCUGGGAGCCUGAGCGCUGCUUUGAUGUGGUCCUGGUCAGCUGGGGCAAGGUGGCCGACCUGGCUGUCUGCAACGACCAGCUGAUAGGUGUGGCCUUCUCCCAGAGCAACGUCUCCUCUUAUGUGGUGGACUUGACGCGGGUCACCAGGACAGGCACGGUGGCCCAGGACCCUGUGCAGGACAGCCGGCCCCUGGCGCAACAGCCAGCCCACCCCAGUGCCCCUCUUCGGCGCAUCUAUGAGCGGCCUGGCACAGCCUGCAGCAAGCCUCAGAGGGUGAAGCAGAAUUCGGAGAGUGAGCGUCGCAGCCCCAGCAGCGAGGAUGACCGGGACGAGCGUGAGUCUCGGGCCGAAAUCCAGAACGCUGAGGAGUACAACGAGAUCUUCCAGCCCAAGAACAGCAUCAGCCGGACACCACCCCGAAGAAGUGAGCCCUUUCCGGCACCCCCAGAGGAUGACAUGGUCUCAGCCAAGGAGGUGGCCAAGCCCAGCCCGACCAUGGACUCGCAGUUCCCGGUGCCAAAUGGUGGGCAGAGGGGGCAGCCUCGGGCUGGCUCCCCACUGAGCUCCGGACCCCAUCAGCUCGAGGUCCCGCCCCGGCCCCCAGCUGUCACUCCCACGCCUGCGCCCAAGGCUGAGCCCGCCAUCAUCCCUGCCACCCGGAAUGAGCCCAUCGGGCUGAAGGCCUCUGACUUCCUGCCUGCCGUGAAGAUCCCCCAGCAGGCCGAGCUGGUCGACGAGGACGCCAUGUCGCAGAUCCGCAAAGGCCAUGACACUAUGUGCGUGGUGCUCACCAGCCGCCACAAGAACCUGGACACCGUGCGGGCCGUGUGGACCACAGGCGAUAUCAAGACGUCGGUGGACUCGGCUGUGGCCAUCAAUGACCUGUCAGUGGUAGUGGACCUCCUGAACAUUGUCAAUCAGAAAGCCUCCCUGUGGAAGCUGGACCUGUGCACCACGGUCUUGCCGCAGAUCGAGAAGCUUCUGCAAAGCAAGUAUGAGAGCUACGUGCAGACUGGCUGCACGUCCCUGAAACUGAUCCUGCAGCGGUUUCUGCCCCUGAUCACGGACAUCCUGGCGGCGCCCCCCUCUGUGGGUGUGGACAUCAGCCGGGAGGAGAGGCUCCACAAGUGCCGGCUGUGCUACAAGCAGUUGAAGAGCAUCAGUGGCCUCGUCAAGAGCAAGUCGGGUUUGAGUGGCCGCCAUGGCAGUGCCUUCCGGGAGCUGCACUUACUUAUGGCCAGUUUGGACUGAGGAGCUUUUGGGCCUGGCCUCAGCCCCUGUUCCCAUUCCCUGUGCACUCCUGGGCCCGUGAGCCUCUGCCCGGCCCCCUCUGCAGCCCUGUGGCCAUCCUGGAGGUGGUGGCUCCAGCCCACUGGCCACCUGCACAGCCCUGAGCUCUCAGACAACUUCUCCCUGGCAGUGGCUGCCCUGCUUGGCCAACUCCUGCUUCUGGGGCAGCAAAGAGCACCCUGGGGCUGCUGCUGUAAUUUAUAAGGCGAAUUUUAUUAAAUUUGUAACUAUUCCCCA